UCAUUCCUCUAAACAUAUCCCUUAUCGUACAUUCGGCAUGGCGAGUGGAUUCGUAACGGAAACGGAACUUGCUGAGGCACGCCGCAUAAGACAGGAAGAAUGGGAAAAAGUGCGAACUGAAGAUCAGCCUAUCGAGGCUCCGGAAGAAGAGUAUGAUGGACGAUCGCUAUACGAAAGGCUGCAGGAGCAGAAACAAAAAAAGGAUAGCGAGUUCGAGGAAGCACAUAAGCUCAAAAACAUGAUCAAAGGAUUAGACGACGAUGAGGUGGAAUUUCUUGAUUUGGUCGAUAAAAAUCGAAUGCAAGCAGAACGACAGGCGCAUCUGGAAGAGCAGAAAGAAUUGAACGAGUUCCGCGCGAAGGUGGCCACUCUACAGGAGAAACGAUUAGACGAGCAAAUCCAACAGCAAGUUUCCAAACCCAAAGCCACCAAAACACCGAUCACCAGUACGCGGCUUAGUCAGAAGCAAAUUCUUGCCGGUGUUGUACGUAAGCGUAAACUUGAACCUGAAAAUGAACCUGCCGAGAAGCAGACGGUGGCUGCUGCUGCUUCCCUUACCAAACCCGUCAACGGAGAACCAGCGAAACAAAUGGAUAGCUCUACGAGCGGCACACCACAGAAAGAAUCCCCAAAGGAUGGCGUAGAAAGUAAGCCAAAAGUGCAGAAUGCAGCUAUGCGAGUCAUCGGGAUACUACCCGGUAUGGGUUCGUACAAUUAUGGUGAUGAUGAUUCCGAUUCGGACGACAGUUCGGAGGAUUCGGAGCUCGACGAUAGCCAGGAGUACGAUUGGAUAGGGCGUAAGAUUCGUAAAACUUGUGAGGGCGGCAGUAAGUGAUAAGU